AGACAGUGCUACUAAGAACUAAAAGUUCCUGUAGCGUUCAGUGGAAUUGAGGUCAAAAUAUACCGUGUGAUGGGUCUUGGCUGCUGACUCAGUCAAAGACUCAGUCGUCAAAGUCACCCACCAGCUCUUCCGCUUUGUGGUGAAGAGACUUGGGGUGGGGGUAAUGGGGGUGGAGGAGGAAGAUGUUUCCUGCGUCUUCCAGCGUCCUCCCCUCUGCAUUGUCACUUCCUCUGAGGUUGAGAAAGAGCAAGCGAGAGAGACAUUGACAAACACACCAAGUUGGAGGAGACAAGAAGAACGAAGGUAGCCAUAUUGGUUCCACUUCGACAUGUCGGCUUAGGUGACUAUGUGGAAGCUCGAGAACACUUCAGCGAUUCUUCAUUUAGGAAGCAGACCGCUGGAUGAGAUUGAAGUUUAGGUUGUUGUAAAGGGCACUGCCUAAAAGAGGAACUCGAUUCUGAGGCCCCAUCUAACUUACUGGGAAGUCUUCUGCGGCGAGGAGGAGCACGUAGGAUGAACUGCGCCAGAGUGCCAUCUCGGUCAGAGGUCAUGGAGUGGAGCCCUCAACAGCUGGCCGAAUACCUGAGGAAGAUGAAUCUGGCCGACUGUGAUAGAACCGUGUUGAAAAACUCCAUCAACGGAAUGCGAUUUGUGAACUUAAGUGAGAAUGACCUGCAAAAAUUCCCCAAACUUCACUCGCCGAUUAUUUCCAAGCUGAGUGCCGACAUUAGCAAGAAGGAGGAAAAACGAUGCCUGUUUGGUAAAAAACCCGUGACCCCUAAAUUUCAUAAACCAGUUCGUGAUGUUAAAGGUUCGGAUGACAAUUAUUCUGAUGGCGACGUCAACGAUUACGAGAGCCCCAACAGCGGUGGCGAGGACAGCAGCCAGAGUGACUACGAGAAACCCAAUGACGACUUGGACGGGGCCGAUGCCGAGCAUUACGAACUUCCCCCAGCGGAGCCCGCGGCGGACUUGGCGCAGAAGCUACGCAGCGCCGUGCACCUGGGAGACAACAACUACAUCGGUGGUAUUGCAGAUAACCGGGACAAAGGCACGUCAUCUCGAGACGCACCGCCUGCCGUCCGCCCCCGCCCACCGGUGGCAUCGCUCCCUGUGCCGUCGCCUCGGGUACCUGUUGAGAGGAGUCGAGAUCACUCUCCCCACUCUUUGAGACGAGCAUCCGAAAAGAGACCGCCGCAGAUCUUUCGUGGCAACAAGCCGGGCCGUAAUUCCUCUCAAAUUCAAGGUUCUAAUGUAACAGAGAGGCCAGGUAUACCCUCUCGAAGGUCCACGCCUCUUGUACCACCUCUUUCUUCCGCGGCCUCCAUCGGCAGGAGCAACUCAUCCGUCAAGCCUCCACCUCCCAGGACUGACGGUAUUCGGGAGCAUGCACAAAAUGAUGCAUCCAAACUCAACACAUUCCCCCUCUUCCAUAAGAUUCCGCCCCACCGGCCGACACCCGCGAGCCGCCAUGGAGACAGUUUGCCUCUUGGCGCCACUUCUGUUGGGUCAUUGCCUCUCAGUGUCUCUUCCGCUCCUGAUGUUGAAGGCUGGGAUGAUGACGAGUUUGAUGAUGAAGAUCCUGAUUAUGAGAAUCCAAACAGCGGUGGCGAUGAGAGCGGCAACAUAACCGAUGACGACGCAGCGGAUGACGACACGGACUGGGCCGACAAUUACGAACCGCCUCCCACGGAGCCCUCUGAGGAGCUAACUCACAAGCUGUUGCCCGCCGUGACCUGCGGAGAAGGCGAUUACAUUGAUAAUAUGCACAACCAUGUGUCCUCCAGAGGCCUGCCGCCAGCAGUGAGUCUUCGCCCACCGGUCUCUACACUUCCACCUCUGUCGCCCCGCUUGGUGAGACUCGUACCGUCCAAUCGAGAUCAUUCACCGCACAGUGCAAGACAACCAGCACCACCGGCGAAGUUGCUUCCGGGGCCACCUCAGAUUUUCCGUGGAAACAAACCAGGCCGAAACACGUCUCCCAUUCCAGGGCCCAACACAGAAGAGAGGCCGCCUGCACAACCCCGAAGGUCUCAGGCGGAUGUCCCUGACCCCCAACCUAGGCCCAAACCUCCCGGGCCUCCUCCUUGUUCCUCGGCCUCCGUUGGCAGGAGCAACUCCUCUGUCAGGCCUCCUCCUCCCAGCAGGUUUAACGGAAUGAGACAGCAAACACACAGCGAUGCACCCAAACACAACACAUUUCCCCUCCAUAAAAACCAGGCGCCGCGGCCACCACGGCCUGGUCGCCAUGGAGACAGUUUACCACCUGGUGCCACUUCUGUUGGCUCGCUCUCUCUUAAUUAUCACCCUGCCCAUGCAGACAACAGAACCAACUUUGCUGGUUCAGAUCGCUUUCAUCCGCUGCCACAAAAACCUUCACCCAAACAGGGAAUGGACCCUCGCUGGUAUGUUGGUAAAGUGACCAGGGGUCAAGCUGAAGGGUAUUUGAAACAAGUCAGCAAGGACGGGGCAUAUUUAGUGCGGGACAGCUCCCACCAGAAGUCCAACCAGCCGUACACACUGAUGGUCCUCUACCACAACAAAGUGUUCAAUAUCCAGAUUCGCCACGAGGACAAGCAGUUCCAACUGGGAACUGGACUCAAGGCCCAGGAGUGCUUCUCCUCAGUGUGUGACAUCAUCAAAUAUCACUCCCAGUGUCAUCUGCUCCUCAUUGAUACCAAAAAGCGCUCCUCGGGCCAGCAGAACCAGUGUCUGCUCUCAGAGCCAGCAGGGAUUUACAUGACUGGACCACAAUGAUCCCACUGAGACCUUUAUAAUCAUGCAGUCAAACACUUUCGACCUAUUUUGGUUUUAACAGGUUCAAUUGCUGUUAAUGUAUUUUUUUUCCUUUCAAUUUGUCACUUCUUUUCAUCCAAGAGUGUGACUUUACAUACCCUCCAUUUAUCUAAAUGCGAACAUGCAAUGAGAAACUCAAUCGGAACACAGGCUGUUCAUUAACACCUAUGUGGAGGUUGUUACCUUUUCACGGCUAUCUGAACACAAACGGUGCAGCAAGACAUUUAGACAUUCAACAGAAGAGUACCCACGUUUAUAUAUUCUUUAUCCUCUACAAGGAGGUGGACACGUGUAUUGUAUGGAUUAGGUACAGUGGGGGAAAAAAGGUAGCAACACAGUGGUCAAAUCAAUCGAAUGAUAAAAAGUGUGACAACAAUGAUCACUUUGUAAAAAUUCUAUCUGAUGACGGUUCUACUGUAUGAUUUUUGCUCAAGUAGCCCACAAUAUUAUGGAGCACUAUGAUUCCUCAAUAAAAUACACGUUAAAACA